CAUCUCUCGCCCAGAUCGCCUCGCCUCGCCGUCGCCCCCCGACUCCCGCAGACUCCCCACCGCCGCAGCGCCUCUCCCGAUCCGCACGUCACCGCCAUGGCUCUCAAGAUCCCAAAGAUCGGCCUUCCUCAGAUGCUCAAGGAUGGCUACAAGCAUAUGCAAGGUCUCGAGGAAGCCGUCUUCCGCAACAUUGCUGCCACCAAGGAUCUGUCCAACAUUGUCCGGACCUCAUUGGGCCCCAACGGCCGCAACAAGAUGGUCAUCAACCAUCUCGAGAAGCUCUUUGUGACCAACGAUGCCGCCACCAUCAUGAAGGAGCUCGAGGUCGUCCAUCCCGCUGCCAAGCUGCUGGUGAUGGCCUCCCAGCAGCAAGAGACCGAGAUGGGUGAUCAGACCAACUUUGUCGUCGUCUUUGCAGGCGAGCUUCUGCAGCAUGCCGAGUAUCUACUUCGAAUGGGUUUGCAUCCCAGCGAGAUCAUUGAUGGGUACAACAUCGCCAGCAAGAAGGCCAUCGAGAUUCUGGAAUCGCUAUCCGUCGACUCGGUCAGCGAUGCCCAUUCCAAGGCCGAGCUUUUGAAGGUCGUCCGCACUGCCAUUGCCUCGAAGCAGUAUGGAUAUGAGGAUCUGCUGGGCGAGCUGAUUGUCCAAGCCGCUCUGGAGGUCAUGCCCAAGACCCCCAAGGACUUCAACGUCGACAGCAUCCGUGUCGUCAAGAUUCUCGGCGGCAGCAUCCACGACACCCAAGUCAUCCGUGGCAUGGUCUUUGGACGCGAGCCCGAAGGCACCCUCAAGAAGGCUAGCAAGGCCAAGGUCGCCAUCUUCAGCUGCCCAUUCGAUAUCUCGCAGACCGAGACCAAGGGCACCGUCCUGAUCCACAAUGCCGAGGAGAUGCUCAACUUCAGCAAGGGCGAGGAAAGCAGCAUGGAGAAGAUCGUCAAGGAACUUGCCGAUGCUGGCGUCAAGGUUGUUGUGUCUGGCAGCGGCAUUGGCGAUCUCGCCCUGCAUUUCCUGAACAGAUACAGCAUCCUGGUCUGCAAAGUUCUCUCCAAGUUUGAUCUGCGCCGAUUAUGCCGUGUGACUGGUGCCACGACGCUGGCUCGUCUCGGCGUUCCUAUGGCCGAGGAGAUGGGCUAUUGUGACAUUGUCGAGUCGGUUGAGAUCGGCAGCGAUCGCUGCACCGUCUUCAAGCAAGAAACCGAGGACACCAAGACGGCCACCAUCGUCAUUCGCGGCGCCACCAUGAACAGCCUGGAUGACAUCGAGCGAGCCAUUGACGAUGGUAUCAACGUCGUCAAGGCCAUCACCAAGGACCAGCGCCUUGUUGCUGGUGCCGGCGCUACCGAAAUUGAGCUCGCUCGCCAGCUGCAGUCCUUUGGCGAGAAAACUCCUGGUCUCAACCAGUAUGCUAUCAAGAAGUUCGCCGAGUCCUUUGAGGUCAUUCCCCGCACCCUUGCUGAGAACGCCGGCAUGGAUAGCACUGUUGUCAUCUCCAAGCUCUACGCUGCCCACCAGGCUGGCCAGGGAGCUGUUGCUGUCGACAUCGAGGGCGACAGCAACGGCACCUUUGAUGCCCUGAAGCGCAACACUCUGGAUGUUCUCUCCAUCAAGAGCUCGGCCAUCAAACUGGCCACCGGAGCUGCCAUCACCGUCCUGAGUGUGGAUCAGAUCAUCAUGAGCAAGCCUGCUGGCGGCCCCAAGGUCAAGGAGAACAAGAACUGGGAUGAGGACGACUAAACGCCGGUGCUUGCUGUUUCGGGCCGAGACAGGGAGCGAGGGCAAGCGAGGGGGGAUACUUGAAUUAUGCCGCCUCGGCCCUCGCCUUUGACGUUGGACAUGCAACGGAUGCUCGUUCGCACACAAUGCCGGCUUGCGAGCCCCAUCCAUUCUUGUAUCAUACAGCCUCAAUGAAGUACUCGAUCACACAGAAAA